GGGGUCCGGCGGCCCGGGAGCGUCAGUGUGAGCAUGGAACCAUGAGUGUCUGGGUGUGGUUGUCGUGUGCGGCCUCCGCUCCCUCCGUCUUAAUAAUACUCGUAACAAUAGUGUCUGCGGAACACGUGUGUAACCACGUCCAUCCGAAACCAGAUGAGGUGACGCUGGGCGUGCACCUGGAGGACGUCCACCACGUGAGGAAGCGCAGCCUGGACCAGCCUCUCAGGAUCUCCCUCUACUACGACGACUCUGUCUACGGGUUGUCCCGGGAAAAAUAUGACCUGAUACACGAGAAUGUAAUGCCUUCAGCGGUGUCGUACUGGCAGCAGGCGUUGAUGGUCAGGCGCACGGAGACCGUCAUCCGUCUCAACAGGAGGUGCGAGAAGAACCAGGUGUUUUUGAUCAAGGGCGAACCUCACCCCUUCUGCAAGAGUAGGUGUGAACCCGUCACCAUGUGCGGCGAGGUCCAGGUCCCUGAGGAACACCUUCACGCUUGCCGCGUGUGCAACACUCUGGGCCAGAACUGUCGCGUGACCAGCAAGGAAGAAGGAGAAGGUAUCCCGGGUGCAGACUUUGUCUUCUACAUCUCCGCACUAGAGACUGAGCGCUGCAAGAGAGGCUACACAGUAGCCUAUGCCGCCCACUGUCAACAAGAGGCAGCUCUUGACAGGCCGAUUGCUGGUCAUGCCAACCUUUGUCCGGGAGCCAUCAGUACUAAGGUCCAAGAGCUGGAGACUCUUAUAUCUACGGUCAAACACGAGAUUCUUCAUGCUUUGGGUUUUUCAAUUUCCCUGUAUGCAUUUUAUCGAGAUGAUGAUGGGAAUCCUCUCACAAAUCGAACAGAAAAUGGCAAGCCCAUACUGAAUGAAGUGUUGCAAGCAAGACAGUGGAGUGACAGAGUCAUCAAGCGUGUGGUAAGACCCAAGUGGGCAGUUCGUGGUGGAGUUAUAUUAAAAGAAGUCAAUAUGGUUGUCACCCCAAGAGUGAGAGAAGAGGUACGCAAUCAUUUCAACUGUAAUGACCUGGAAGGGGCUGAGCUUGAGGAUCAGGGUCAUGAAGGCACUGCUCUCACUCACUGGGAAAAACGAGUCUUUGAGAAUGAAGCAAUGACGGGCACACACACGCAGAAUCCUGCAUACUCUCGUAUUACUCUGGCUCUGAUGGAGGACACUGGAUGGUACCGAGCCAACUACCACCUUGCUCAGCCUCUUAAGUGGGGGCACCACUUAGGCUGUACUUUUGCCAUGAAGAGUUGUAAAGAAUAUAUGGAGGAACAGACUAAAAAAGGCCAAAGUAUUCACCCGUUCUGUAACAAGGUGAAGAGAGAUCCAUUAGAAACUGACUGUACAGAAGACCGAAGCUCUGUUGCUCUCUGUAACUUAAUAGAGCACAAGAAUCAGUUGCCAUUACAUUACCAGAACUUUGGGGUUAUUCCCCAUGUAUCAGCACACAGGGUUGGCCACUAUGGAGGCUCGGUAGCACUGGCUGAUUACUGCCCUUACAUUCAGGAAUUUACUUGGAAAAGUCAGGAUAUCAUUAUUCGUGGUUCACACUGCCAAUACGAGGAAAAUAAUCCAGAUCUAGAAAAGAACUUUGCACUUGAAUCAUACACAGAAGAAAGCAAAUGCUUUAAUCAGCAGCGAGAAUGGACCGAACGCACAUGUUACCAUCUUCGGCAGUGGCAGCACUGGGGUUCAGGCUGUUACCAUUAUAUGUGUGUUGAUGGCAGACUGCACAUUAUUGUUGCAAAUCAUACAUAUACCUGCUAUCAUGCUAAUCAGGUAAUAAAUAUUUCCAUCUUCCAAAAUGGAUGGCUGCAUGAAGGUGCUAUUGUGUGUCCACCAUGUGAGGAGAUUUGUAAGGAAGAAAAUAUGGUAUGCAAGAGGGGAACAGAGCCACCAAUCUCUGCUGAAUAUUAUAGAGAUCAACUGGUGUGUCGAGGUUGUCACCUGUACGCUUUUCCAACACUUCUCCUGGUUCCCAUCUUGUGCCAAGUCAUCCAGACAUUUUAUUAUCCUGGCAUGCUCUGACCUCAGUUAAGAUAGCAAUUUUUUUAAUUUUCAAAAUUCAUAAUAAUAAGGCUAUUUCAUGUAGCAAGUCCACUGGCUGCUUUGAAAAGAAUAUAAUAUUUACUGUGUUUGUAAAUUCUUCUGACAGUAACUAGACAUAUUUUUAGACUCUUAGAUAAUCAUUUAUCUAGGCCCCUUAACAAUGCAAACUGAUGGACUUUAAUUAUUUAUUUUUUAAUGUAGCUACCUUCCAGAAUGAACUGGAUGUGUAGGCAUGAGGUAACUUGUCCGAGUGUGAUCACAAGAUGUGAAACUGGUAACUACAGGGGAGUUAAUGUGUGGAGAGGGUGUGGAUGUUGCUGUGUACAAGUGGCUGCUGGCAGAGCUCCAACUGUCUAAAUGAUCUGGAUGCCUAGUCCAUCACCUUCAAUCCAUUUACUUGAGCUUCAUAGAUAAAUAGUUACAUAGAAAAAUAAGUAAGGCAGUAUGUAAAGAUAUUGUAAGUCUAUCAGGAAAAGCAUAAAUCUAUUUAUCUAUUAGAAGAAUACUUUUCUACUAUAAAUUGUGUACUGUAUAGAAAUCUAGUUACUUUUAAAUACUCAUAAUCAUCUGUUGUAUUGAUAAUAUUUUCCAGAUAUUACUACCAAACUUAUGAACACUAUGUUGUGAAAGAUUUCUAACAGUGAUAUUUAAACAGCCUUAUAGAAAACUGCAGAAAGUCAUUAAUGUAUAAUUAAUGUCCAGAAGAUAGUGAUACCCGUGUUUGUGUACUUUUGUGUUAUGUCUUGAAUCCCGUAUUUUUAUCAUAAAACAUUUUGAAGUUUUGUUACAUACAUUCCCACUUAUUACAUAUCCUCUUGUUGCAUAUCCUCAUCAUUCCAUUCACUUAUUAUUAAAAAAGCUAUAACAGUUUGCUCCCAUACCUUUAUAGGGUCAUAUUAAAUUGUUAUUUGUGUUUUUUAUUGAUAAAUAUGAAAAUCGAUCUGACAUUUUGACGACAUAUUUUGAUUGGCAACCUGUCAUAGGUGCUGAAUUUAGAACUGGUAUUGAAAGAACAUUGAGGGACACUUCAUGUAAGUUAACCAUGAUUGUUGAAGCCAAGCAAGUCUUGUGUAUAGCUGUGUGGUAUCCUGUGGGCUGUUGUUGGUGCCUCUUAUGAUUUUAAUGGGAAAUGAUUUCUUCUGUGAUAAAACAGGAAUAUGAAGAACUGCCACAAACUUUAUAAACUAUUACAAAUGAAAAUAUACAUAAUGUACUGAUAUAACAUUUAAAAUAUUAAACCGAAUGUUCGCCCCCUCUAAAAUGUCCACAAGUGAAAUGCUCAAGUGAGAAAAUUAAGGUUGUUUAACACUAUACUUGUGGAUGCUUCAAGAUAUUGUUGCUAGUCAAGCCAUAGACAUUGUUGUAUUUUUAUGGUGGAGUUUCAAAUUUUACUUGAAACUCCUUAGUGCCUCCGAUGUCAGCGGACCAAGAAUAUUCUAUCUUGCAAGUGGGUAUGAGGAAGCCUCAUGUCUAAUUUAAGUCUAGUAUGAUGAUAAAUUGAAUGUAAUGAAAGGAAUAUUUGUAUACAUAGCAUUAAGACCAAUUCCCUAUCAGCACAUUUACAUUUUUGUUAACCCAAUUUCCAUUCAUCAUCCCUGUUUGUUUUUGCUGCAGUAAACCUUACUUUAUAAUUGUACUUCUACUUUAUAAGUAGGCUUGUCAUCAAAGUAAUAUUUCUGUAAGGUUCAUUUAUAUUUCAAGCAUGUCAAUGAUUGUAUAUUUUGUAAAACUGUGUGACAUACCUAAGAGGCAACAUCAUUUGGAUGAUUCUGUGAUAUGUAUUUUCAUCCUGUUCAUUACCUUCCAAGAUGAACUGGGAGAUUUCCUACAAGUUUGAACGAGACAUCACUUUCAGACUUAAAUGUUUAGCUAGGCCCAUACAAAUUGGAAUACUGUAUAUUUGAAAAGGUUCAGUAUCUUUAAGGUGCUUGAAUGAUAUUUUAAGGAAAGUCAUGAAUGUCUUUUAAGAGAUUUGAGUAAUGAAUAUAAAAAAAUUCUCAUUGUACAAACUAAGCAGUCUCAAUUGUACAUACUGUAUUUUAUAAGGUUAUUGUUGUAUCAUAUAGGUCUGGCUGCUGCUUUGCUCACGUGUUGUUUUAAUGUAGAAAACCACUAAAGUUGUGAUUUAUUCAUCAAUUAAUUUAUUAUGCAAGUUACUGCAGUUUGUGGGAAGUGAAGCUAUUCAUAGCUAAUAAUGUUAGAGAUGAUUAGUAAUACUUGGUAAGUGGAGCUUAUGGUUUUAAAGAUGCACAAGUGUAAAGAAAAUGUUCAGUCUAUUGUUGUGUUUAAGGUGACACUUCUAUUUUAAUAUUUCUUAUUUUAUCAUGGACAUCCUUACAUAUAAAUUAGAUUUUCUUUAUGAGAAUUUUAUAAAGGUAAAGUACUAAACUAUACUGUACUUAAUUUUGCAUUAGCAUGUGGUAUCAUAAUGAGCCUUUGUUUUGUAGUAGUGUGCGUGUUGUCUUCCCUUGUGAUCCCAUAACAAAUACUUCACUCAAUCUAUUGCAUUACAUAUGCAGCAGGUUAUACAAGUUUUCAUUGUUACACAAUGUUUAAAUUGGCAAGAAUAAAUAUUACCAGAUUAAUAUAGAUAAACCUUAUACAGCAGCACCAAUAAUGUUGGUGCCAGUGUAAGGUAUGAUGUACCAUCACACUAAAGCAUGUGAUACUGCAGUGCGUGGUUUUUCUAAAUAUUGUACCAGUUUACACUAUUAAGACGGUUAAUUUAUUCAUACACUGGGGGAAUAUAAAUUAUGCUUUUGAUUAAUACUGAGACAAUUCUUUUUACAUCACAGUAUAUGAGUCUUUAGCCUUGUGACAAGUAAGGAAAGAUCAAAUUUUAUUGUUGGUACUUUAUCUGCUUGCAGCUUUACAUAUAAAUGUAAACUUAAUGGUAAUUUAUUUGUUUCUUCAUUUUGUUGGCAUCAAAGGUUUUAAGAAUUGUAUUGAUAGGGUUUUACUAUGGUAAUUAGGCAGGUGAUUUUUUUUAUUUAUGUAUUACUGAUAAAACUUGCAUUUUAUUUUCACUUAUGGUUUGCUAGAUAAAAAUUUGCUUAAGGUUAAUGCAUGCGGUGUUGUUGUUUAUUUCAUUUCUUGCAUUAGUGUGAUGGGUUGUUUAGUUGAUUUUAUACAAUGCUAUGACACAUAGUUAACCUUUCUUGAGGCAAACUUUGUGGAAAUGCUCAUUUGUUGUACUGCAUAUAGUAUGUUUUCAUUGCAGUGUAUUAUGAUGUGGUCCUUCAGUGUGGUGAGAUAAUGGUUUUUAAUUCAUUGUGGUGAGAUAAUGGUGGUGUGUACUCGCCUAGUUGUGUUUGUGGGGGUUGAGCUGUGGCUCUUCGAGCCCGCCUCAAAAUUUGUUUAUUUUAAUAUACAAACCGCCAGAUGCAACAGUUGAGGAAUUCACUGAACAGAUCCACAAAAUAGAGAAAAUAGGUUAUCAAGGUUAUUCUACCUUGAUAACCUAGCAAACCUAGUACCAGAUAUUAUCUUCCUUGGAGACUUCAAUCUACCCAGUUUACAAUGGAGAAUAGUUAACAAUAACAUUAUAGCAGGAAAUCAACCUGGAAAUAACCAA